UGUUAUUCGUUUAAAAUAUCAUUAUCACAAUCCGAUAAAUUCAAAUUUUUCUAAGCACAUCAAAAUAAUGACCGAUUCUGAGCAACUCGCUGAACGCUGCUACGGCGGACUGCUAGUGGACAAGCAUGUAAAGUACAUCAAGAACCUCGACAAACGGCACGACGAGAUUGAAUACUGGAUGUCUGAGCACCUGCGCAUCAGCGGCAUCUAUUGGGGGCUCGUAUCCCUGCAUCUGCUGGGCAAGCAAGACGCAUUAGACCGGCAAGGCGUCAUUGAAUACGUUCUGAAAUGCCAAAAUAGCGAUGGCGGGUUUGGCGGGCACACCGGGCAUGACUCACACUUGCUGUACACAAUGAGUGCAGUUCAAAUACUGGUUAUGUGCGAUGCCCUGGACAAAGUGUCCGCCGCCUCUGUCAUUUCCUACGUUAUCGGACUGCAGGACCCUGUGACGGGAGACGUGAGCGGCGACUCUUGGGGUGAAAAGGACACACGAUUUGCAUUUAUUUCCUUGGCCAUCCUGUCAUUCUUUGACGCCGUGGACAGGAUCAAUGUGGACGGUGUGGUGUCUUACGUCCGCCGGUCAAUGAACUACGACGGCGGGUUUGGGAGCGGGCCCGGCGGAGAGUCGCACUCGGCCCAGAUAUUUACCUGCCUGGCGGCCCUAGCGAUCGCCGGAAGAUUGGACUUAGUUGACCGCGAGAGGCUGUCUCGGUGGCUAUCCGAGCGCCAAUUAAAGUCUGGCGGGCUGAAUGGCAGGCCGCAGAAGCUUGAGGACGUAUGCUACUCAUGGUGGGUCUUGUCGUCUUUGCAGAUUUUGGGCAGGGUGCAUUGGAUUGAGAGGGAUAGGCUGUGCGAAUUUAUCUUGUCCGCGCAGGACGCGGAUGUCGGUGGGAUUGCUGAUCGCCCGGGGGAUGUCGCUGAUGUCUACCAUACGUGCUUUGGUAUUGCCGGGCUGUCUCUUGCUGGGUUUGACAAGUACCCGCUGGUUGAGGUUGAUCCUGUGUACUGCAUGCCCGUCAGCGUCAUUGAGAAGGCUGGUUUGCGCAGUUGGGUGGACCGUCUGCCCAAGUCGUGGAAGGACUGAUUGACAGCACGUUUUCGUGCAAAUAGAUAAUAAUUAUGAUUUGUUAUAUUUGUUACAAAAGGUAUAAUUAAAGAAAG